AUGGUGCCUUCCUUCCUAAAUGGGAUCAUGUACACAAUGCGCUGGACUCGCUCACUUCAGCUCACUUUAGCUCUCAUUAAGCCUGAUGCUGUGGCCCAUCCAAUUAUAUGUGAAGCUGUACAUCAGAAGAUACUGAAUAACAAUUUCCUCAUUGUAAGAAGCAAGGAACUUAAAUGGCGGGUUGAUGAUUCACAGAAUUUCUACCAUGAACACAAUGGACGAUUCUUUUAUCAACGAUUGGUGGAAUUCAUGUCCAGUGGCCCCAUGCGGGCAUACAUUCUAGCACAUGAUGAUGCUAUCCAGUUGUGGAGGAGGCUUAUGGGUCCAACAAAGGUCUUUAGAGCAAGAAUUGAUGCUCCAGAAACUGUUCGGGGAGAGCUGGGACUUACUGACACCCGUAACACCACUCAUGGAUCAGAUUCCACAGACUCAGCCUGUCGUGAAAUCUCCUUUUUCUUCCCUGAAUUUAAUGUAAGUCACUGGUAUGAAGAAGAAGAGCCUCUUUACAGAGCUGGGCCUUUAUGCUAUGACCAGGAAAAAUUGGAACAUCGGCUUGUGCAACAAUGA